GAGGAGGAGACGGCAGCGAUGGCGGCGGAGGAACCGGACGCUCCGAGCAACCCCAACCGCGCUGGGGUUGAGGAAGGGGCAGUAGGGGAUGAAGGGGAAGGAGGGAGCGGAGCCCCCGCCGAGCCGCCCCCCCCAGUCCCCAGCGCCACCCCGGAGGAACCCAGCGCCGCCGCCAGCCCCCCACCUCCUCCUGCCCCACAGAGCUGUAACGGCGCCGCCGCCGCCCCCCCUCCAGCUCCCCCGGAGCCUGAGGAGCCCCCCCCGGCAGCGCCAGAGGAGCCCCCACCUCCCCGGGACCCCGAACCCCACCCUGAGGAGCCGCCUCUCACUUAUCCCCCCGACUUCGAGAGGUUCUGGCUCGCGGCACGCAGCAACCCCCACGAUUUCACCGCCUGGACCGAACUCCUGCAAUACGUCGAGCAAGAGAACCACCUCUUUGCCGCCCGCAAAGCCUUCGAUGCCUUCUUCGCCCACUACCCCUACUGCUAUGGCUACUGGAAGAAAUACGCCGAUAUGGAGAGGCGAUUCGACUGUGCGCGGGAGACCGAGGAGGUAUUCGAGCGAGGCCUCCAGUCCAUCCCGCUCAGCAUGGAUCUCUGGAUCCACUACAUCUCCUAUCUCCAGUCCACCCUGGAUAUGAACGUUCCCGAAUCCAUCCAAAAAAUCCGCGGCGUCUUCGAGGCAGCGGUGGCGGCAGCCGGCAUGGAUUUCCGCUCGGAUAAGUUGUGGGAGCUCUAUGUGGAAUGGGAACGGGAACAGGGAAACCUACGUGGGAUCACCGGGAUCUACGAUCGCGUCCUUUCCAUGCCGACUCAGCUCUACAGUCAUCACUGGGAGAAGUUCAAGGAGCACGUCCUGCAUCACCCUCCGAAGGAUAUUUUAUCCCCGGAAGAGCUCGUCUGGGUCCAAUCCAAACUGGCCACCGAUCCCGUUCCGAAGCCUCCGGAGCCAGAGGGGACGGAAGCACCGCCGGGAGAGGAUCUUCCACCCGGAGUGGAGGGGAAAGGGGGAGCGGCUGAUGCUCAGGAGGAUUUAGACCAGGAGAAAAUCCGGGAGCUGGUGAUUUCCAUGCGCCAACAAAUCUACGCUCAAAACGAGGCGGAAGUCAGCAAACGCUGGAAUUUUGAGGAUGGGAUCAAACGUCCCUAUUUCCACGUGAAGCCGCUGGAGAGGGCGCAGCUACGGAAUUGGCGGGAUUAUUUGGAUUUCGAGAUGGCAGCCGGCUCGCACGAGCGAACCAUCGUCCUCUUCGAGCGCUGCGUCAUCGCCUGCGCCCUCUACGAGGAAUUCUGGAUCAAGUACACAAAAUACUUGGAAAAUCACACGGUGACCGGAGCCCGGAGCGUUUUCCAGCGAGCGUGCGGCUACCAUCUUCCUCGCAAACCCAACAUCCACCUCCUCUGGGCGGCGUUUGAGGAGAAACAAGGGAACCUGGAUGAAGCCCGCCGUAUCCUCCGGUGCUUCGAGGAAGCGGUGCCGGGUUUGGCCAUGGUGCGGUUACGCCGCGUGAGCCUGGAGCGGCGUCAGGGGAACCUGGAGGAGGCGGAAGCGUUGCUGUUGGAGGCGAUGAGGGCGAACGAGGGGCUGCCUCUCGCCUCUUUCUACGCCGUCAAACUGGCGCGGCAGGCCUGCAAGGUGCAGAAAAACCUCGGCAAAGCUCGCAAGGUGCUGGUGGAAGCGCUGGAAAAGGAUCCGGACAACGCCCGGCUCCACGCCAACCUCCUGGAGAUGGAAUUUGGUGCCGACAUCCGGCAAAACGAAGGCAACACCAUGCGCUGCUUCGAGCGGGCGCUGCGCAGCCCCCUCCCCGACGAAGCCAAACUCGUCUUCUCCCAACGCCGCGUUGAGUUCCUCGAGGAUUUCGGCUCCAGCAUCCACAGCCUGCUGACGGCCUACGACGAGCACCAGCGGAUCCUCAAGCAGCACGCGGCGCGCAAGAGGGCGCCCGAAAACGGCUCCGACGAACCCGACGACAAACGCCUGCGCCCGGACGAAGCGGCCGCGCUCCUGGGCCCCCUCAACUUCUCCUCCUCCGGGGGGGACGUGGCCUCCAGCCCCUACAGCUACUGGUACCAGCACGGCUACGGCGCCUACGGAUACCAGAGCUCCUGGAACUACAACCAGUAUUACUCACAGAGCUGAGCCCGGCACCCCCCGAGUCCCCUUUUUUACACCCAAAAAACCCCAUUUCUGUACAUUUUUGGACCCCCCCCGUCGUGGGGGGGGAUGUAAAUAAACGAGGAGGCAGCGCUUUGGAGGUGCCGUCAGCAUUUAUCGUGAUAAAAAUCCCCAUUUAUUGAGGUUUUGGGGAGCCGCAGCGCUCGACAGAGGGGCUGUUACAGGUAAGGGGGGGUCGUGGCGGGGGGCGGAGGCUGUUUUGGGGUUCCCUCUCCUCAUGGGAUCACAUUUAGGUUUGGUUUUGGGGAGCCUCUUCAUAUAAGAAGGGGGUUGAGUCUGUUUUGGGGUUCCCCCACCUCAUGGGAGCAGGUUUACAUUCAGUUUUGGGGUGGUUUGACACCAUUUUGGGGUUCUUCCUCCUCGAGGAAUCAGGUUUUAGUCUGGU